AAUUCCAGGACAGCAAUUGGUCUUAGAGUGAACGGUGGCAUUGUACUCUUUUUGGAGAAACUCGUACACUCGAAACUGCUGGUCCCAGGCUCAAAUAGACGCAUCCAAUCAGUCGAUCGACACAUUGGCAUGGCCACAGCUGGAUUAUUAGCGGAUGGUCGUCAUCUCGCUUCACGCGCAUUUGAUGAGGCAUUGAACUAUCGAGAAACCUAUCGUGCACCCACUACUCUCAAAGCCCUCACAAGGAAUUCGAGCUGGAAUUAUCCUGGAUCGGCCCUGAAACAAAUGGGUUGCGCCUCCCUGUACCAAAAGACCUGUAUGAAGAGGCGGAUAAGAGAGGGCGGGAUGCCUUGGAUGCUGACAUGGAGGAUUGACACUGGAAUCCAUUGAUGCCGACUGCCGGCCUC